UAGUUUAGUUGUAUAAUGAGGCUUGACGGAUCCUACGAGGGUUUUCGUAACCAAGAUCCUAAGAUGGAAUCUUUUAUGACCCGUUGCCACGACAACAAGUUGGAGUCCUUGACACGGUACCAAGACAACAAGAUGGACUUGCUGACCAGAUAUCAAGAUAAAUCUCCAGUGUGUUCCACGGAUGUUUUUCCACUGUCACCUACGAGUCCGUAUGAGGCGAGUACGAUAGAUCCAACAACCCUCCUCCCCCGGGAUAUCACACUAAAAGGGUCCCAUGUUCCCGGAGCUGGUAUGGGGGUGUGGGCCCUCCUCCCCAUCCAGAGACGCACUAGGUUUGGUCCCUUUACUGGGAUCAUCUCACCUACCUCCCGUCCCACUGCUGCUUCCCAUCCUUCAGCUUGCUGGCCGAUAUUUGAGAACAAGGGGAGUGUAGUGCACUAUUUACUAGCACCGGAGUCCGACGAACCUUCAGGAAGCUGGAUGAGGUACGUGAACACGGCCCGACAUGAACAAGAACAGAACAUCGUCGCAUUCCAGAUACAGCACGAUAUUUACUUUGAAGUUAUCCGGGACAUCCUCCCUGGUCAGGAACUACUGCUGUGGUACGAGUCCAGCUAUGGAGACCUCCUCGGACUCUACAGACUGGAACAACUCCGACCUGACUCCGACGGCUGCUACUCUUGUCAGAUCUGUCAGAGGACUUUCUGCUACCCUUACAGUUUUAUGAUGCACAUCGCCACGAGAGCAUGUUCUCAUUCUGGUUCUGAAGUUCUGUGGUGUGACCACUGCGGUAUGGUGUUUGCUCUCCCGGCUACUCUAAGAUCGCACGUGAGGACGCACUCACAUGACCGACCGUUUCCUUGUGGAACGUGUCCCUCAACGUUUGCUCAGUCAACUGCUUUGGCUCUUCACAAUCAGAUCCACUGGUACCAGAACACAGAAUCAUGGUACAACAAUGAAUACAAGGCGGGAGUACCGCCUUUACUCUCUCCCACUAUUUCCAGUACUAACGGAAUAGCAACCCUUCCCGCUCACAGCACUACGAUGCUGGUUAAUGACAAAAUAUUUAAGUGUAACAAGUGUGACAAAGCGUUUUCCUGCAACGCCAAACUCGAAAGGCACACUCGAGUCCACAGUGGUAUAAAACCAUACACCUGCGAUUACUGUGGUAAAUCUUUCGCGUACAGCACAAGUUGCCGUAGACACGAGCGCACCCAUGUGGAGGGCAAACCGUUUAAGUGCACUCACUGUCAGAAAGCAUUCAGUGAUAGCACCAACAUGAAGGCACAUAUUCGAAUACACACUGGAGAGAAACCGUACCGAUGCAAUAUCUGCGGAAGAGAAUUCAGUCACUCCAGCUCAUUGAAGAGUCACCACCGGACACAUACUGGAGAAAAGCCGUUCAAGUGUUCCCACUGUGGCACGUGUUUUGGGCAUCUCAGUACACUGAGGAAGCACGGUAUGAGAGCUCACGGUCUUCAGAAGCGAGCUCAUAUGCAGGAUGAAGGACAAUUAGUGGUGAAAACAGAAAACCCGAGCUCCCUCCAGGGCUACAGCACGAAGCCGCUCCAACCUCUCGCUCACCCUAAACCCUACCCUAAAUCUGACGAAACAGUGCCUCUUUCCCAUGUUAAAACGGAAACAUUGCCCUUGUCACACUCUAAAACGGAACAGACCCACCCUUUGUCCCAUAAUAGACCCACAAUUGCUGCUGCUGAUAGCAGUAAUAUCUUACAUGUUCUGUCACCGGAGCAUUCCCUCACGUGACAUCAUUAACUGUUAAUUAAAUAAUUAAUUAACAUCUGAUAAUUAAUUAGUUACCUAUUGAGUAAGUGAUGGCUAACGAAUGACGUGUUAGAUUAUGAGUGAUGUCACAGUUUCAAGUACCACGUGACGUCAGAUGUUAUUUAUAUAUAUAACGUGAAACAAGUUGUUUGCCUACCAGUUAUAUAUUAUGUGCACUUGACGAAUAAUAGCAGAGUUAGAAAAUUGUAGUGAACUUUGAGGACUGUGAUUUUAGUGGUUUUAUGAUGCUAAUUUAUUGUUACUAAUAUUUCCAACUAUUAUAAUAAUGAUUAUAACUAUUAUUAUUAUAUUUAUAGUUGGAAUGUUUCAUUAAUUAAUACCGUCUUAUGUUUGUAUAUUUGCAUGCAGAAGAAAGAUUAAAUAAACUUAGUUAAGGGCUCUCGAAUUCAGUUAUCCAUAAAUAUAAUUAGCUUUAAAGCUUUAAUUUUAACAGACUUCGUAAAAUGCUAAAAUGGUUUCUAUGUGACGCCAAUUUCAUUAAAUUCGAGGCAAAACGUCUGUCUGAUGAAUGAUAUUGUUCACCAUGAUAGUUAAGGCACAUUUCUUGAUAUAGUCUCAACUGUUAUUACCCCUAUUAUAUUAGUAUAUUGAUAGAGACCAUUUUAUCUUUUUAUGUAGUAUAUUUUGGGUCUAACUCUAAAAUGUCAUUAUAGCCGAUCAGCUUGUUUAUUGGUCACAGUUUGUUGAUUAAUUAUAUUAUUAUCAAUACAUUUGUUGAGUCACCAUAACUAGUAUAGAUGUAAUUUAUGGUUUGAUGAUAAUUUUAAGUAUUGCCAUCAAAAUGACACGAGUUCAAUAUUACUGAUACUCUA